AAAAUUAUAUUGGAAGGACAUGACAUUGGAAUCGAAUUUAUCCAAAUUUGGUCCACAAAGAAUCGACCUUUUGCUCACUUUCGCGUUUUCGUUCGGAAAAAACAGGAAUCAAUGUUGGUGGGGAAUCUGGCUUUACUACGAGCGCGUUUGCUUCUCUCUUUUUUGAGCGAGAAAGUAUAAUGUUUAUUUUUUCGGAAUUCAAUCUGUGGCAAAUGAUAUGAUAUGAUCUGAGUGUUCGAUAUUUUUAAGUACAGUUUCUUAUAGAUUCCCUCAAUUUUUGGGGGAAAACAUACUUAACAUUUGAAAUCUGGAACAUUGGAUUUCCUGGUGAUUUAUAUGAAAUUGUUCGAGAUUCUGAAGAAUUGAAGAAAGCGGUUUCUAAUAGAUAGGAGUGAAGAUGAAGAGAGGCAAAGAUGAGGAGAACAUUAUUCGGCCCAUGUUUCCAAGGCUCCAUGUGAAUGAUGCAGAAAAAGGAGGACCAAGAGCUCCUCCAAGAAACAAAAUGGCCCUUUAUGAGCAGCUUAGUAUUCCUUCACAGAGAUUUAGGCAUGGAGUUUUGCCCCCCAACACCACAAAUGCCAUUUCCCAUUCAGUACCUUCUGCUUCUUCAUCAAUCGAUAAGACGGUUGAACCAAGAGAUGAUCCUGCUAAUGUUAUUGACCGAUCAAAGGCUGGUCACAUUGUGCGGCCAAUGCUCUGUUCCGAGCCACAGUAUUCCACUGGUGUGCAUGGUAAUGGGGUUUUGAGGGAUCAUAGUGUAGCCAUGGAUAAAGAAAAUAAUUCUACUUCGAAAAGGGAUUUUCCAUCAGAACAUAAUACGGUGCAUGAUGUGAGAAAAGUUAUGGAUUCUUGUGAAGACAGGUUGUGUUCUGAACAGAAUAUAUCGCCUGAUGAUGUUGUGAGAGUGAUAAAUCAGAAACAUUUUUUGAAAGCUAGAAGAGCUAUUGUCAAUCAACAAAGAAUUUUUGCAGUUCAAGUAUUCGAGUUGCAUAGAUUGAUCAAGGUUCAGAGAUUGAUUGCGGGGUUGCCACAUAUUUUGGUUGAGGACGCUUCUUAUUUCAGCAAACCUGUAAAGGCUUCGCCUUCAAAGAAACUCCCAUUCGACCAUGUUCUUAAAGCACUUCCAGGUGUUUUCAAGAACAAAGUUGACUCCGAGAAGCCAGAUUAUACAGUUGAAUGCUCGAUCGAAAAUACAGUGGGGAAGGCAUCUCUCUCUCCCAUGCAAAGUGGUGUGCCACCUUCAAACGGUCAACCACUUUCUAAAAAUCCUCCGGCACCAUCCAUUAGUAAUAAUCCCAAUGCUGGAACGUGGUGUUUCAAUCCUCCACCCAGGCAACAGUGGUUAAUUCCAGUGAUGUCUCCUUCUGAAGGACUAGUGUACAAGCCAUAUCCCGGACCCGAGUUUGUGGGCCCUGUCUAUGGACCUCCGGGAUCAACUCCGGUGAUGGGUAAUCUCUCAACUCCUGCACACGGAGUCCCGACCCCACAUCAUCAGUAUCAGUUACCUUCCUUUCCUCCGGCUGAACCUGCUAGUUACUUCCCUCCAUACGGCAUGCCCAUGAUGAAUCCGGCCUUUUCAGGUUCGUCCGUGGAUCAAAUGAACCCCUUAGCCACACCGGAUAAAUUAUCAGCCGAGGAAGCCAAUUUCAGUGCCCAACAUCAGAACUCAUUUAAUAAUCCAAGCCAGACGAGCAAAUCCCGUCCAGAUGUUCCAAGGUUGCAUGCAUGUAAGGACGGUGAAUUACAAGGUAGCACUGCAAGUAGUCCGAGUGGGAGAUUGCAAGAUAGUGGGGCUGGUAGCACAGUUAAAAAACAAAAUGCUCGUCCACUUUUCGCUGCGUUUCGUGCUAUUGACAUCCCGGAUUCUGGUCCUAAGCCUCCUGAGCUGGAGCACCCUGCACGAGUUAUCAAGGUUGUGCCUCACAAUGCCAGGUCUGCUACUGAAUCUGCUGCUCGAAUCUUUCAAAUUAUACAGGAAGAGAAAAAGGCAAGAUUCGACAUAGCCGGUGGAUAAUGAGUUGCAAGGACGCUGAUUUGGUGUCUUCAAUUCUGCAACUGAUAAUUGUUACCUGUUCUGUAGAUAUUGUUGGCAUUAUUGCAUCAUAUCAGUUUUAGUUCAUAAAAAUAAUACGUCCUUGGGGAUAUAACUUGUAUGACUAAGCGUUUGACACUAAAAUUAGUCAUUUAUUUACUAUGGUCAAUGGUGGAGAGAUAGAAUCCAAGAUCCUUGUUGGAUUUUGUAGUCUG